AUGCCAGAGCUAAGAAGUGGAACAAGGAGAUCGAGACGCCUUGACGAUCAGCCUAACCCUCAGACAGUCGAACAAGCAGAGAACAACGUACCUCCUCCUCAGACCGCAACAAGGAGAAGAGGUGGUGGUAGAGGAAGAGGGAAUGCUGCUGUAGCUAAAGGGGCGGUACCUCCAAGACCAACUGCUGCCGGUAGGGGAAGGGGAAUCAGGUUGACAGACUUAGAGCCAGAACCUUGUGAGGCUCGUCCGGCUGCAGGUGCUUUAGGGGCCACUGAACCUGCUUUAAAUCGAGUUGAAGGGGUAGCUGAUAAGGAUAUUGCUGCGGAAGGCGCUAGCGCUGAGAAAAUAGCAGGCAUGGAAGAAGAUUCCAGCACGGCUCCAGUCCCUGAAAGGGUACAAGUUGGAAAUUCUCCUGUUUAUAAGACUGAGAGGAAGCUCGGUAAGGGUGGUUUUGGUCAAGUUUAUGUUGGGAGAAGGGUGAGUGGUGGCAGUGACAGGAUUGGAGCAGAUGCGAUUGAGGUAGCUCUGAAACUUGAACACCGAAAUAGUAAAGGCUGUAAUUUUGGCCCACCUUACGAGUGGCAAGUGUACAAUACGCUCAAUAGCUGUUAUGGAAUUCCUGCUGUACAUCAUAAGGGUCGUCAAGGAGAUUUUUACAUUCUGGUCAUGGACAUGCUUGGCCCUAGCCUGUGGGAUGUUUGGAACUCUUUGGCUCAAUCGAUGUCUCCAAACAUGGUUGCGUGCAUAGCGGUGGAGGCGAUAUCUAUUCUUGAAAAACUGCAUAUGAAAGGGUUUGUGCAUGGCGAUGUUAAACCAGAAAACUUUUUACUCGGUCAGCCUGGAACACCAGACGAGAAGAAACUAUACCUUAUCGAUCUUGGUCUAGCAUCAAGAUGGAAAGAUUCCCACUCUGGACAGCAUGUGGAAUAUGAUCAAAGACCAGAUGUCUUCAGGGGAACGAUAAGGUAUGCAAGUUGUCAUGCACAUCUUGGUCGUACUGGAAGUCGGAGGGAUGAUCUUGAGUCAUUGGCUUAUACAUUAAUAUUUCUGAUGCGGGGAAGGUUGCCAUGGCAAGGAUACCAGGGUGACAACAAGAGCUUUCUUGUUUGCAAGAAAAAGAUGUCGACCUCUCCUGAAUUGAUGUGCUGUUUUUGUCCUCCUCCGUUCAAGUUGUUCCUCGAGGCAGUUACUAAUAUGAAGUUUGACGAGGAGCCUAACUAUGCCAAGCUUAUCUCUAUUUUUGAUACUCUUAUCGAGCCAUGUGCUAUAUCCAGACCAAUUAGAAUUGAUGGAGCUCUGAAGGUUGGCCAAAAACGAGGAAGACUGCUUAUCAAUUUGGAAGAGGAUGAACAGCCGAGGAAGAAAAUCAGAAUCGGCAGUCCUGCUACCCAGUGGAUUUCAGUCUAUAAUGCACGUCGUCCUAUGAAACAGAGAUAUCAUUACAAUGUUGCAGACAUAAGGCUGGCACAGCAUAUAGAGAAAGGUAACGAGGAUGGCCUUUUCAUAAGCUGUGUAGCAUCAGCAGCUAAUCUCUGGGCCAUCAUUAUGGAUGCUGGGACUGGUUUCAGCUCUCAAGUUUAUGAAUUGUCCACGGUCUUCCUGCACAAGGACUGGAUUAUGGAACAGUGGGAAAAGAACUACUACAUCAGUUCCAUAGCUGGUGCAAAUAACGGGAGCUCGUUGGUUGUUAUGGCAAAAGGAACUACUUAUACCCAGCAAUCUUACAAAGUCAGCGACUCGUUCCCAUUCAAAUGGAUAAACAAAAAGUGGAAAGAAGGUUUCCAUGUGACCUCCAUGACCACUGCUGGGAGUCGUUGGGGCGUUGUAAUGUCCAGGAACUCAGGCUAUUCUGAACAGGUAGUGGAGCUUGACUUUUUGUACCCAAGUGAAGGAAUCCAUAGAAGGUGGGAGAGUGGAUACAGGAUAACAUCGAUGGCUGCAACAGCAGAUCAAGCAGCUCUUAUAUUGAGUAUACCUAAACGAAAGAUAACCGAUGAAACCCAAGAGACUCUCCGCACUUCUGCCUUUCCAAGCACCCAUGUCAAGGACAAAUGGGCGAAAAAUCUGUACAUUGCAUCAAUAUGCUAUGGUCGGACAGUUUGCUGA